UUUUCAACAUACUAUACUAUGGCUUUCAUUUGACAUACUAUACUAUCACUCUUUUUCUUUUAUUCUACAUACUAUACUAUGAUAUUUUUUCGACAUACUUUACAAUGACUUCAUUUUUUAAAUUUCUUUCGACAUAAGGGUCAGUGACAUGGAUAUAAAAUAAUAAACCUCCUCUGCUGUCUUGAUGGGGAUAUAUGUUGAAUAUUCAGAGAAAACACAAACAAUUAUUCUUGUGAUUUCCAGAAGGUUACCUCACUGAAGCUCAAUGCCAGCUCACAGUUCUGUUUUCAUCUGAACUUUGAUCACUAUCACUACCCAAAUUUUCCUGACGUCAUCCAACACAAUGCUUUUUGCAUAAAGAGCGCAAUGUAUUAGAGGAGCUAGUGUUGACUUUCCCUAGAUUUGCCUAAGACACUGAUAACGGUAAAGUUUCCUUUCAUUACCAUGCACUGACACAAACAGUUCACAGAGCAGCAUCAUGAUGGAAAGGAUCUGGCUGGUUGUCUUGUAUCUCUCAGGCUGGAACAUCUCCACAUGCCUUCUCCUCCAGUACCACUAUGUUGCUGAUAGAAAGACUUGGACUGAAGCGCAGACUUAUUGCAGAGAGACAUACACGGACCUGGCCACCAUCGCAAAGUCUUCAGAUAUGAACCAACUCGUCAGCACAGUUUCAUCUUCUGGCUACAACUCUUGGGUGUGGAUCGGCGCGUACACUAGAAUCGACUGGAGGUGGUCAGACGGCUACAAAGGGACUGGAGCUGAAUAUAGGAACUGGGAAACCAAGAGUGACAAUGAACCAGACUUUUACUCAUAUCAACAGUUCUGCGUGAACAUUGGACACAAUAGAGGGUGGUGGGAUGAUGAUUGCAUGUCGAACUACGCAUUUAUCUGUAACAAUGGAACACAGCUGGAUCCUGAAUUUGUUCCGGUGAGAGAAAAAAUGAAUUGGCGCAGUGCUCAGACGUACUGCAGAGAGAACUUCAAAGACCUGGCCACUGUGAGGAACGACACCGAGAACCAGGAGAUCUGGAGCUUGAUUCCGAGUGGAGAAUGGGCAUGGAUAGGUUUGUUCAGAGAUCCUCACAUGUACUGGUCUGAUGGGAGCAGCUUCACAACCAGCUACUGGUCCACAGAUGGGAACGUAAUUGGCUCGAUGAGCAUCAUAUGUGGUCUUGCAGAUAUGGCAUCAGGAAAGUGGAAGAUAUGGCCCUGUGAGACUACAUUACCAUUUGUCUGCUACAGCGUCCCUCCACCGCCACCAGUGAUGAGGCAGAUAGUAAAGCUGAGGAUAAAGCCGGAGGACGCCUCUGUGGAUAUGAAUGAUGAUGCUGUGAAAGCAGACAUCCUGAAAAAGCUCCAGGCCAGCCUGAAGGAGAAAGGAGUGAGUGGAGUCACCCUGAAGUGGAGAGAGCAGCCCGACGGGAAAGUCUUCCACAAGGAGGGAAAACCUUCACAGAAGAAACUAGUAAAAAAUACAGAGCUCUGAAAUUGAAGUGUAGUUUACUUCUGUUUCUCCGGUGAAUGGUGAUUCUCUAUCCGCUAAAAGGCUGAACACGUCCUGUAGACUGCCAUAAAAGCCUUUUGCAUUUUAACAGCCUGUUGUGUGAAAUAUUUAAAUGAACUUAAUCUUCUCCUGAAUGCA